GUCACAUCGAGGUGGGCGUAACUCCUUCGCUCAAAUAAUCUCACUCAAUGAGCGCCAAAUAAAUUAUGAAAUUGCUCAGAAGUGAAUUCGUGCUGUGCCUCGUCGUUAUAUCGCUCGAGAAAUCCACCGCAAUCAAGCACAUCGAAGCCAACCCCGACGCCAAGAGGCUCUACGAUGAUUUGCUCAGCAACUACAACAGGCUCAUCAGGCCUGUGGUCAACCACACGGAGACUCUCACCGUUUGGCUGGGCCUCAAAUUGUCCCAACUCAUCGAGAUGAAUUUGAAGAGCCAGAUUAUGACGACCAAUCUCUGGGUGGUUCAAAGAUGGUUCGACUAUAAACUAAGAUGGGAUCCAGAGGAAUACGGUGGAGUGGAAAUGCUUUAUGUACCGUCCGAGCACAUUUGGUUGCCAGACAUUGUUCUUUUCAACAAUGCUGAUGGUAACUACGAGGUGACUCUGAUGACGAAAGCGACUUUAUCGUAUACAGGAGAGGUGAUUUGGAAACCGCCUUCGAUUUACAAAUCUUCCUGCGAGAUAAACGUGCAAUAUUUUCCAUUCGACGAGCAGAGCUGUUUGAUGAAAUUCGGAUCGUGGACGUACAACGGUCUCCAGGUAGAUUUGAAGCACAUGGAACAGCAAUCCGGUAGUAAUAUAGUUAAAGUCGGUAUUGACCUAACGGAGUUUUAUUUAUCUGUGGAAUGGGACAUUUUGGCUGUACCUGCCACUAGAAACGAAGAAUAUUAUCCAUGUUGUAGUGAACCCUAUUCCGAUAUCACUUUCAAGAUCACCAUGCGCCGCAAAACGCUCUUCUACACGGUGAAUUUGAUCAUCCCCUGCGUCGGUAUCACCUUCUUAACGGUACUAGUUUUCUAUCUACCAUCGGAUUCCGGGGAAAAGGUCACCCUGUGUGUCUCCAUUCUGAUUUCCCUCACCGUGUUUUUCCUGCUGCUCGCCGAAAUCAUUCCUCCUACAUCGCUGGCUGUACCUUUGCUGGGGAAAUAUCUGCUCUUCACCAUGAUUUUGGUGACUUCGUCUAUAUGGGUGACGGUGUGCGUGCUGAACGUGCAUUUCAGGUCGCCGUCUACGCACAAAAUGUCGUCGGUUUUUAGGAAGAUAUUCCUGCAGUUUAUGCCCAAAAUGUUGCUCAUGCGCAGAACUACUUACUCGCUGCCUGAGUACGAUGAUACAGCGCCGCCUAGGGGAUAUAUGAACGAUAUCGAUAUGCAAUUAAGUAUGGCAGAACCUUUUACUACGGAUUUUAAAAUAACGACCAGGGAGCCGAGCUUUGUGCUUCAAAACAUCGAGCAGGAUAACGAGAAAAUGAAAGCUCAUUCGUCUAUGACAGGUUCUUCUAAUAUGACUCCCAAAAUAUUGUCGUCUAACGUCUUAGCAGCUCUACAGGGUGUUCGAUUUAUAGCACAACAUAUCAGAGAUGCUGAUAAGGACAACGAGGUGGUUGAAGAUUGGAAAUUCGUCUCGAUGGUUUUGGAUCGAUUUUUCCUCUGGGUGUUCACGUUUGCGUGCAUAGGCGGUACUUGCGGGAUAAUUUUCCAAGCGCCUUCUUUAUACGAUACUAGAGUUCCUGUUGAUCAGCAACUUAGCGAAAUUACUUUAUCGAAAAUGUUUCAAAUGCCGCCUUCGCACAUACCGAUAUCUUAAAAAAAAUUUUUUAAAAAUCGGUGUUCUGAAAAAAUUAAAUUUCAGGUUCGGGUUUCAUUUAUACGGUGAGGACCAAAAGUCCGUCGCCCCCCCUUUAACUUUUGAAUGGUAAGAGCUUUUGUCGCGAAAUUUGGGGUGUUUAUAUUGGUGUAAAAAUACUAUUU